AUGAACUUCACCAACGCCGAGCUCUUGAAAGCUCGUGAGAGGAAAAUGGCUCGCUUUUCUCCAAAGUUCAACAACGAGGGCGAUGGGAAGAAACAGGGCGGUGCUGAGAACCAAGCCGAGGGCGCCCAAGCCCCCAAAAGGAGGAAAUUGGUCAAAGUCCCCUCUGCCGCCGGCUCCUCCAACCCCGACGCUCAGCCCACUACUGCCGCUGCGCCUAAAGGCAAAAAGGUUGCUAAAGCCUCCACCGCCACGGCCACCGAGUCCACCACAGUUCCAGUCCCCAAUUCCGCUACCGCGGGCGCGGCCACCGCAGUCGCCGCCAAGUCCACUACUGUAGGCGCCACAGCCGUCCCCGCCGGUGCCACAACAACCUCUGGUGAUCAGUCACCAGCCGCUGACACAACCGCCAACAUUUCUCAACCCUCAGCUGUUGAGAAACUUGUUGCCGUCAAUGCCACAAAAGCUGCCGCUUCCUCCGGUGCCCCUGCUGGGGAGAAAGAAAAAGAGAAUGAAACCCCCAAGUCUCCCCUCCGCCAAGACGCACCUCCUAGCCCGCCCCCAACGAACGAUGGGCGCCAAAUGCCUUCCCCACCUCAUCAAGAGGAAAGAUCCUCUCUUGACGCUGCCACUACUUCGGAAGCAGCCCGGAUUGAGCAAUUCACCGCCGCCGCCGCUGAAGCUGAGAGGUUGAGGGCUGAGAACGCCAAGCACCAGGAAGACACCACCGGCUAG